UCCAGCCUUGCGGUGGCCUUCCUUGUGUUGCAUGCACUUCGGUGGUUCCCAGAGAGAAACCGAUGAAGAUCAUCUUCGAUUGGAUGCGUCGCAAGCUGCACCCCAGCGUCAAAUACUCCCAGGUUUCUCGAAAGAAAGAUGCUUUCGGCGGAGAUGACGAAGAGAAGCAGGAGGUGGUCUUCGAGGGUCUGAUGGAGAAGGAACCAUUACUGCUUCACGACGUCCUCGACGGCAUUCUCACCAUUGGCACGUUGGGACACCAAGGCAACUUUCUUUCUCGAUCCUACUCCAUCCAGGAAGACCAUCUCCUGCAGGAGGACGAAGCAGACACGGAGGUAGAGGAGAGAGAAGAAGGAACGGAAGUUGCGCCGGCCAUCAUCGAGUCAAUUAAGGUCAAACCACCUGUUGAAGCAGAGGUGAAAGAGGUGACGGUGGUGGUGAAAGACGUAGAAGAGUCCCCACUGCUGGAGGAGGACAAGAAGAAAAGAGAGCGGGGAAGGACGACGCUCGCCGAUCUGUUUGCUGCCGAGAAUCUCAACGAGGGAGCCAAUGCCAACCGUGAGAGGAAGAAGACAGCGAAGACAAAGAAACAGGAGAAGCGGACAUCACCCUGCACCGCCAAAGCCAAAGCCAAAGCCAACACCACCACCAACACAAAGCUACAGAAGCUGAUGACAAAAAUGUUGAAGAAGAAGAUCCAUCCAGAGAUUGCAGUGAUGCCCAAAUCAUCGGAAACACAGACCCAAGAAACAAGAAGCCACUGGUAAUCUCUCUCUCAGCUUUGUCGUUGAUCUAAGCCACUUGAUCUCCACAGAAGAUUGAAUGGGUAGCCCAUGCAAACACAAAUAGUUGGCAGACAUAUACGUUGAGCUUAUAAUAUCCAUCACCAUCAAGGCUUGUUUGCUAACAGUUUCUUGGUCUCUUUGUUUGUUUUCAUUGCAGAUUUAAUGUAAGUCCGAUGCUUCAAUUGGCAGUAAAAAGAGCAUGAUAUAUGUCCAUCAUCAAUCAUACGCUAGUCAACCAUGUAUCAUCUCCACUGUACUCAUCAGGACAAAAGUGAUUCUAGAUAUAUGUAUCACAUGUUGUGGUAUUGCAUCUAAUUGUAUGUGCCAGUUUACUGUUGUAAGACAAUCUGCAAGUGGCUAAUGGCAUAAUUUGUGUUUUGGAGAAGAGGAGGAGAAACAUUAA